AGGCUACGGCCUGGUCAGAGGUAUCGGUCCAUCCCGACGCCGAAUCCACAACAUCCGAGCCGCCUGGGCAGAAGCCGAAGUAUUCGUGAUCAGACAACUUCGGAUGGGCACCCAUCCCAAUGUUCUCGAACGUGACAUCGAUGCCGAGCUCCUGGUGACUGACAGGACUGGAUACCGAUACGACUGCCUCCGCUAUGCUCGACGGAUCUUGACGAACUUGAGGAAUGCUGGGCAGUUUGACGGCUUGCCGACAUUCAUGCAGUUCGAGCAGAUCAGAUUAUUGAGACCGAGACGAGCUAGCUAUGAGAUGAUGAUGUAUGAUCGGUUCAGGAAUUUUGACGUCGUUACCAGGCAUGGAGGGGAUAUUGAAAUUGCGCGUGAGAUCGGUGAGUUGGUGGCAGAACCUCCUACAGUCUCAUUGAUCUGACCCCCCGACAGCACGAGCUCGCGCUCUGGAUAGAGAGGCAGAAGAAGAACUCAGAAGAAUGCGUGAAGCUGACUACAGCCAGUUGGAGGAGCAGUAUCGAGGUGGGUGCUUCGCCUCCCUAAAAAAAAUAUUAAAAAAAACUACCAAUCCAGCAAAUUCUGACCUCCCGCAGCCAAUGAAGCAGUCCUC